AUGCAGUUCUCACUCUCCAUCGCCACUUUUGUGUUGGCUAUCACCGCCUCUGCUGCUCCCAACAGCAAGCGCCAGAACAUUAUCACUUCCGGCGACAACAUGCAGGGCUCUAUCUUCCAGUUUGGUGACCCAGCUCCUGCUCGCCAGUCUUUGUACACCGUUGGUGCUUGUGGUCUCAGCACCUACUUCCCCAACGCAGUUGAUCCCAACAUGCCUCUGGUCGCCAUGCCCGCCGCGGUCUUCGACCAGUACGGCGCUGCUCAGCACAACCAGCUCUGCGCCAAGAUCAUCACCAUGACCCACAACGGCGUUACUCGACAGGCUGCUAUUGCUGACCGAAACUCUUUCGACUCUAUUGAUAUGACUCUGGACCUCUGGCAGGCUUUCGGCGGACACGAUGGCGACGGUACCAUCAUCCAGGGCUUCAGCUGGUACAUCUCUCAGUAA